AUGAGUGUGGGAAAAUACAGUACACUGGCACGUGACAAUUCGCACAAUUUACCUGCACGAAACGGUUGCUCACUUUCACCUCAAGAGUCCGUGCCACCCGUCAAGAUGCCCAAAGCCGCCUCCGGAAAAGCUGCUGCUUCCAAGCACAAGUUUGUCAUUGACUACUCUCGUCCAGCGGGCGAUGGUGUCUUUGACGGUGCGGCCUUCGAGAAGUUCUUGCACGACCGCAUCAAGGUCGACGGCAAGACCGGUCAGCUUGGCGAGAGCGUCAAGAUCACUCGUGAUGCCGACACUAAGAUUACCGUGACUUCGAACAUUCCCUUGUCCAAACGGUAUCUCAAGUACCUCACGAAAAAGUUCCUCAAGAAGAACACACUCCGUGACUGGAUUCGCGUGGUCGCCUCGUCAAAAGACUCAUACCAGCUCCGCUUCUACAACAUCCAGAGCGGUGCUGAUGAUGAGGACGAGGACUAG